AUGGGGAGUCGCCCGUCGGUGGUGCCGGCGCUGCGGCGACUGCACGCAAUGCCCGGCGUGCAGGUGGUGGCGACCGUGACCCCGCCCGACAAGCCCAAGGGGCGUGGUUCGGACCCGAAACCUUUACUGGUGAAGCUGGCGGCUGAGGCGAGCGAGAUUCCCGUGCUGCAGCCUCCGAACCUGGAUGGGGAGUCCAUUCUGGCAGAGCUUGCGAGGCUUGCCCCGGACGUGAUUGUGGUCGCGGCCUACGGUAAGUUCUUACCCAAGACGGUCUUGGAACUGCCUCCUCACGGUUGCCUGAAUUUGCACCCCUCGCUGCUGCCGCGGCACCGCGGUCCUUCGCCGGUAAUCGCCGCUAUCCUUGAGGGUGACGCGGUCACGGGCGUUUCCCUCAUGCUUAUGGAUGAGGGCAUGGACACUGGCCCGGUCAUUGCCAGUGCCGGAAUGUCCCUCAGCGGAGGUGAGACAUCAGGGGAACUGGAGGACACGCUCUUUGAGAUGGGCGGGGGACUGCUGCUGGAUAGCCUGGGUCCCUGGGUCUGUGGCCGCUUGAGUGUCACACCUCAGGACGAGGCACUGGCAACUGUCUCCCGCAAGUUCAAAAGGAGUCAUGGCAUUGAUUGGUCGGUACCUGCCGAAACCAUCGCCCGCAGGUGCCGGGCGUUUUACCCGCGGCCGGGCAGUCAUACCCAAUGGAAUGGGAGGAGGCUGAAACUCCUCUCGGUUUCCCAAGCUCAGGACGCCCCCGAUUCACCCGGUGUUGUCGGCCGGGUGGUGAUGCAGGGCCCCUUGGGAGGUCUGAAGGUGGAGACCGGCCGGGGCACCCUAUCUUUGGACCUGGUCCAACUGGAAGGUGGUAAGGCCGUCAGCGGCUGCGAUUUUGUGAACGGUCAUCCCGGCAUAAUCGGGGCGAUUCUUAAAACCCGGAAUCGGAGUGUUCGGGGCCGUAACUGUGAGGAGAAUGGAGAUCAGGAUUGA